CUCAAAGUCUGUAUUCCGCUCCAUUAUUUACCUCCAGUAGCCGGCCGUUCAUUUUCCUCUUUAUAUUGAUCCUCAAUUUCCCCUCAUCGUUUAAAUUAGCUCAAAGAUGAUGAUGUUAACUAAUCCAUUUCACAACAAUACUAUUACUGAAAAACCAUACAACAUUGAUCCAUCGUGAAUACCAGUAUACACCAGGUACAUAUCUAAAUUGCUUUGCAUCAACUCCUCGCGAUGCCUGUCACAACGUUUGAAUUCGGCGAGAAAUAUAAAUACCAGAAUGGCUUUGGGUCCUACCAUGAAUCCCAAGCGAUCGAGGGCGCAUUACCAAUAGGCCAGAAUUCUCCCCAAAAACCGGCGUACGGCUUGUAUGCCGAAAAGCUGUCGGGAACUGCAUUUACGGCCCCUCGACAUGAGAACCAACAAACCUGGCUCUAUCGAAUACUCCCGUCCUGUGCACAUCCCCCCUUCGCUCCCGCAGCCGGCAACUCUUUCAAAUCAGACAAGCUCACCGAUUCGGCGAAACUUGAAUAUAUCCCAAAUCAGCUACGAUGGGACCCAUUCGAUCAUGACGACCAAACGGACUUCGUGUCGGGUCUACGUUUGGUUGCCGGGGCCGGCGAUGCGACACUAAAACAAGGCAUUGGCAUGUACAUAUACGCAGCGGGGAAGUCAAUGGAUGAGAAGUCUGCUUUCUACUCGGCGGAUGGUGACCUCCUAAUCGUAGCUCAAGACGGAGUACUAGAUAUCAGGACCGAGCUGGGUUGGCUUUUAGUCCGACCAAUGGAGAUAUGUGUCAUCCCACGGGGAGUCAAGUAUCAAGUCCAUCUUCCCUCCGGGCCAGUCCGCGGAUAUGCGCUCGAGCUUUAUCAGGGCCAUUUCACUCUUCCGGAAUUGGGUCCAAUUGGGUCCAACUGCCUUGCCAACGCCCGUGAUUUCCAAGCUCCCGUCGCCAGCUUCAGCGAGGACUUCGGCGCCACUGCUUCUGAAGGCCCUAGUGCUUACACGAUGACGGUCAAGUUCAAUAAUUCGCUCUUCCAGACCAAACAGGCCCAUACGCCAUUUGACGUCGUAGCUUGGCAUGGAAACUAUUACCCAUACAAGUACGACCUAGGUCGUUUCAACACUAUCGGAAGCAUUUCAUAUGACCAUCCUGACCCCUCAAUCUUUACUGUGCUCUCAGCCCUUUCGGACCAUCCGGGCACCGCCAUCGCCGACUUUGUCAUUUUCCCGCCACGCUGGCUGGUAGCUGAGAACACAUUCAGGCCACCAUGGUACCACCGCAACACCAUGUCUGAGUUCAUGGGUCUCAUUUCGGGUGAGUACGAUGCGAAGAAGGGAGGUCAGGGCGGUUUCAUGCCCGGCGGUGCCAGCUUACACAAUGUCAUGAGCGGGCACGGCCCGGAUGCGAAGAGUUACGAAGGGGCUAGCAAUGCCGAGCUUAAACCGGCUUUAGUUGGUAAAGGCAGCUGUGCCUUCAUGUUCGAGAGUUGUUUGAUGGUGGGCGUAACUGAAUGGGGUCUCAAGAUGUGCCAGAAGGUACAGGAAGGCUACAACGAAGAAAGCUGGGGUGGUGUUCGGGUCCAUUGGAAGAAGCCCGAGGGUGUGAGCGCUAAUAGUCAUCUGCUAAAGUGAGGCGGGAUGCUUAGUAGGUUGAAGCCUUCCAACUUCGAAAAUCCUAGUCUGUCAGACUUGUACCAUUAAUGACGAAAUGACCAAUUAUCAUAGGUUAAGCUUAAGGCGGACUAUUAUGAUCUGUCCAGAAUGAAAUAUUUGCUUCGAUUCAGCUUGCACACGACUUACGAUGAGCCUCACUGCUCAAGUAAAGAUUAAUAGAAAAGAUCAACCAACAUUUCAACCACC